UUGAAAAAGAAGAAUGCCUUCUCAUGCAGAAGCAAAACGGCAUCAGAUUGUGCUGUGCCCUCCCUUCUCAUUCAGUAAGAGUACGAGUACGAGUAAGUUUAUGGCACGACAUUUUUUUACCACUUGUGAUAGUAAGCUUCGUACCAUUUCAUACCGUACAGUUAGCGAGAUGCCGAAAAGGCCUCCCGUCUCGUACUGCUUUAGCGCAACGCAUGGUGAAGGUUUCAAAACAAUUGGAUACGGAGGAACAGGUACGGUACAGUAUUGCAUUGUUCGAGUGUUCCAGUGUAAAAGUAUUUUCACCUUUCUGCAACGCAAUCAAGUCAGUUGAAAGCAAAGCAAACAAAGGGAAAGGAAUCGAAAGAAAACCAAUCCAAUCCAAUCCAAUCCAAUCCAAUCCGAAUUUGCACCGAUUCGAUCCGAUCCGAAUCAAUCAAUCGAUUCCAGAAACACAUACCGCAUCACGGGACGCGAACGCAAUUCCGCACGACUCGAGCAUGGCAGACGACGACAGCACUGCCGGUUCCCCCUCCCCCGAGUCCCUCCUGCAGGAUCUCAAGGACGAGCUGGGACCCGAGUGCGAGGGGGUGAGAGACGAGUACCUGCUUGCCUUUCUGUGGUGGAAGCCCGACGUCGGCCGGGCGGCCGGGCGGUACCGCGAGUUCCUGAGCUGGAAGUCCUCCAACAAGCACUUUUUCGACGAGAGCCUCCGGCUCUCCAAGGACCCGGAGCUCGAGCGCCUGAUCGUUUCCGAGGUCGUCGUGAGCCCGCCCGAGCUCACCACGAAGGAGGGCGGGCCGAUCCUGGUCGGGCGCUUCCGGAACAACGACAUGACCGACGGCCGGACGGUCGACGGCUGCUGCCGCAUGCUGUUCUACACGCUGGACCAGAUCAUCCAGCGGCCCGAGGCCCAGAAGCAGGGGGUGGUUGUCGUCCACGACCUGAGGGGCUUUGACAAGGGCAAGAACGCGAGGGUAGAGAUCGCCAAGAAGCUCUUCCACCUGUACGGGCACUUYCCGAUCAAGCUGAAGGCCAUCUACAUCUGCCACGCCCCCCCGAUCUUUAUGGCGUUCUUCGCGGUGGUGAGCCGCAUCAUCAUGACGAAAAAGGUGCGCGAGCGGAUCCGCUUYGUCGACGAUCUAAAGGAMCUCGGCGACGACAAGCUGGACGUGGUGGAUCCCGACCAUUUGUUGGUGGAGAUGGGCGGGACCAUGGACUGGAAGGUCAAGGAUUGGGUCSAGGAGCAGAAGCUGAAAGAACAGGACCCAUCCGUGUGGAGGAGUUUUACCGAGAUCGAGCCAGUGGCGAAGGAACAGUAAUGCCUCGGACGGAAGGGUAAACGAGGGCUGGUUCGGAAUCGGUCAAACCGCACCCGAGAGGGAUCCGACCGAUCGAUAUCGUCGGUCCUGUUGUCCACAAGAACUAGACGAAAGGAAACUACAAGAGUAAUUUAAAAAAAAUUCACGAAAAAC